GCAGCGGUGCUGGGGAGGCGGGGACAGAGCCGGCGGACGUCCGCUGUGGCAGAGAGUGAACAUGGCGGCUCUGCGAGUGGUGGUGUCGGCCGGGACCGGGAGGGCUCUUCUGAACGCCCCGAAGACCCUUCACGCUCCCCGGGCCAACAUGUCGUUCGCCAGCCUUUCCCGGGGGAAGAAGAUGGCGCUGUCGACGCUGGGCCUUCUGACAGCAGGAGGCGCUGGCCUGGCGCUGGCUCUGAACCAGUCGGUGAAGGCGUCCGAGCUGGAGCUGCACCCUCCUUCCUAUCCCUGGAGCCACAACGGCCCGCUGUCUUCGCUAGACCAUGCCAGUAUCCGGCGUGGCUACCAGGUGUACAAGCAGGUGUGUGCCGCCUGUCACAGCAUGGAGUACCUGGCCUUCCGCAACCUGGUGGGCAUCUCGCACACGGAGGCCGAGGUCAAGACCCUGGCUGAGGAGAUCGAGGUGGUGGACGGCCCCGACGAGAAUGGUGAGAUGUUCACCCGUCCGGGGAAGCUGUCCGAUUACUUCCCCAAGCCAUACUCCAACCCCGAGGCUGCCCGGGCGGCCAACAACGGAGCCCUGCCCCCCGACCUCAGCUACAUCGUCAAUGCCAGGCAUGGUGGAGAGGACUAUGUGUUUUCGCUGCUGACGGGUUACUGUGACCCCCCAGCGGGCGUCACAAUGAGAGAAGGGCUCUAUUACAACCCCUACUUCCCUGGCCAGGCCGUCGCCAUGGCUCCCCCAAUCUACAAUGAGGUCCUGGAGUACGAUGACGGGACUCCAGCCACUAUGAGCCAGGUCGCAAAGGAUGUGUGCACCUUCCUGCGCUGGGCCGCCGAGCCAGAGCACGACCAGCGCAAGCGUAUGGGUCUGAAGCUGCUCAUGGGCUCCGCUGUCCUCAUUCCCCUGAUCUACUACCUGAAGAGGCACAAGUGGUCUGUGCUGAAGAGCAGAAAGAUCGCCUACAGACCCCCGAAACAUUAGAGUGUGCCCAUCGUUCUGCCUUCCCUCGAUGCUCCAGCUGUGUUUGGACUAAGAUUGUUUUAAGUCUUCGUCACGUAUGCCAGUACGUCAAAACUGAUGAAGUUAGGGCUACCUUGCCUCAGGUGUCAGUGGAGUUCACCUGCCCACACACCCUUAACUUCUUUAUAAUGGACUCGACAAAUACACUCAACACUUGGUUAAAGAUUGUUUUACUGUAAAAAGAUCAAAUAAAAUAAUCGAAAGAGAAACUUUAAAUCCUUGGUAUUAUGUGUUUUUGCAUUCUUUGCCUUUAGGCUCCUGGAUUAUGGGAAGCGACAUCAUUGGUGACUCUCGUGUUCGUGGGCUUAGAAACAUUGAGUUGUCGCCUCCACACAUGGAUAUUUACUGGCACAUUUCUGUAAAUGUUUAAAUGUUCUGGUCUGAAUAAUAAAUUAACCUUAAAGCAAA